GCGCGCUCCGGGCGGCAGCGGCGCGCUCUGCCUCGGUGGCGGGAGAAGCGCUUCCGGUGGUGAGUGAGGCUGCGCCAACCGGGUCCUGCGAGUGGUGCCGGCUGCGGCCUGAGGGGAGCGGACCAUGUCGGGGGAACUGCCACCCAACAUCAACAUCCGAGAGCCCCGAUGGGACCAGAGCACGUUCGUGGGGCGAGCCAGCCACUUCUUCACUGUGACGGACCCCCGGAACAUCCUGCUCUCCGACGAGCAGCUGGAGAGCGCCAGGAAGACCGUGCAGGAUUACGGGCGAGGAGUCACCCCCCCGGGCCUCACGGAGAAUGAGCUGUGGAGGGCGAAGUACGUCUACGACUCGGCUUUCCAUCCCGACACCGGGGAGAAGAUGGUCCUGAUAGGACGCAUGUCGGCACAGGUCCCCAUGAACAUGACCAUCACGGGCUGUAUGAUGACGUUUUACAGGACCACGCCGGCGGUGCUGUUCUGGCAGUGGGUCAACCAGUCCUUCAACGCCGUGGUCAACUACACCAACAGGAGUGGGGACGCGCCCCUCACUGUCAAUGAACUGGGGACGGCCUACGUGUCUGCGACGACAGGCGCCGUGGUGACCGCUCUGGGACUCAACGCGCUGACCAAGCACGUGUCACCGCUCAUAGGACGCUUCGUGCCCUUCGCCGCCGUGGCCGCCGCCAACUGCAUCAACAUCCCGCUCAUGAGGCAAAGGGAACUCAAGGUCGGCAUUCCCGUCACGGACGAACAGGGCACCCGCCUGGGCGAGUCGGCGCACGCGGCGAAACAGGCCAUCGCUCAGGUGGUCGUCUCCAGGAUCCUCAUGGCGGCCCCCGGCAUGGCCAUCCCUCCGUUCAUCAUGAACGCCUUGGAGAAGAAAGCCUUCCUGAAGAGGUUCCCAUGGAUGAGCGCGCCCAUUCAGGUCGGACUCGUUGGCUUCUGUUUGGUGUUUGCCACGCCUCUGUGCUGUGCUCUCUUUCCUCAGAAGAGUUCCAUGCCUGUGACGAGCCUGGAGGCCGAGCUGCAGGCCAGGAUCCGAGAGACUGACCCCGAGUUACGACGCGUGUACUUCAACAAGGGGCUGUGAAGUGGGGAGUGACACCCCCACCCACCCCCGCCAGCCGCGGACCGCGUGCGUGCGGCCUCGGGGAGGAAGUCCUGCUCCGCCUCGGCCCUCCCAGCCACGCGCGCACCUCCUGAGACCCGCGUCAGCCCCCGGAAGCGGGCCGGCGCGGACAGCACAGCGCCUGGGGCGGCCGGGCGCCCCGCACCUGCUGGCCCGCGGAGUCACGGGAUGGUUGAGAGAGGGGGCCUUCCUGUGGCUUCCGUGGUGACUGUUUCCUCAAAGUCCACAUCCCAGCCCUCACCUAGAUUUCCCAAAAGUACCGCUGUGCACAGAGUAGGUGUUCAGGACACGCUCGAGACAAUGACUGCUGGUCAGUGAAAAGGGAGUCCAGGUAACAGCGUGAAUUUUUACCGCCCUUUUGUUUUAAAUCAAGGCCGUUCAGGUAGUGAUUUUGGAAACUAGGGAAGCUCUGCUGCUGAACAAUAAAAAAUGACUCGGAAA